GAUUUUUAUUUAUUCACUCUUUCUCAUUCAUAGUAAGAUCAAUGUUUGAUUCAUGUCAAAAAUCCUAGAGCUUUAUAUAAAAUGAUAGAGAAUCUUUUUCUGCAAAUAUGUUUGGUUAAACAUUCUGAGCAUUUCUAAAACGUUGCAAAUGCAUAAUUCCAACUCCGCUUAAGUUGAACAUUGAAAUAUUGGAAAUUUAUUUGUCUUAAUUGAUCAAGGAACUUGGUUCUUAAUCUGUGAACCUUCAUUUGAAGGCAUUUGGAGAUUGGAAAAAAAAAACUGUAUUGUAUCUUUGCCGUGUUAGUUUAUCAAGUGAAUAGUUUGUUUGAUGAUCCGCUAUUAAGAAAUAAUGCUUUUGGUGGUUUUUGCUAGCUCAUACUUUUCCAGCUUUGAAUUUGUGUUCGGUUUGGAAUUCUUUCGCAUCACAGCAUACAAAUUGGAAUUCCUCGGUCUCUGUCUACCAAAUGGGACUUGGUCUCCAUUUUGUCUUUGUUUCCUCUAAUCCAUUAAACAUGAUUGAAUUUUCUACCAAGAAGUUGGGUUUUUAUAAGAGAUUUGAGUUUGAAAAUUGAGGUCCAAUUUUUCUUUAUGAAUUUGGGUGUUGUGCGGCUACUAGAGCAUGUGUAAUUGAAAUUGAGCUCGAAUUGACAGUUUAUCUUCUAUGAACCGUGCUAAUGCUUUUGGCUGGGCUUAUGUUAACAACUGGCACAAUACUUGGGAGCUCUUCUUUGUUUAUUAGAUUGGUCCUUUAAUUGGAAUAGUUUUGGCUGAUAGAGUCUUCAAUAUUUUGUUACCUCCACCAGAAACAGAGGAGAAGAAAGUCUGAUAGGAGUUUGAAUAUUGGUCUGAGAUGGAUGCAUUGAUGAAUGCAAAUGCUGGGAUUGGUGGGAGUGGUGGCAAUGGGAUAUUGGUCCCUCAAACCAAUGAUACAGCAGGAACAACAGGGGUGGAUGAUCCAAAGCAAGACCUGAACCAGGUCAUUAACUCUAUUCAGAAGACUUUAGGGCUCAUUCACCAGCUCUACCUCACUGUCUCUUCGUUCAAUGCCGGCUCUCAGCUCCCCCUCCUCCAGCGCCUAAAUGCUCUUGUUAUGGAGCUUGACAAUAUGGCUAAGUUGUCUGACAAAUGCAAUAUCCAGGUUCCUAUGGAGGUUUUUAAUUUGAUUGACGAUGGAAAGAAUCCUGAUGAAUUUACAAGGGAUGUCAUAAACAGCUGUAUCGCCAAAAAUCAGAUCACUAAAGGCAAAACUGAUACCUUCAAGAGUUUGCGAAAACAUCUUCUCGACAAACUUGAACAGGCAUUUCCUGAUGGAGUUGAAUCAUAUAGAGAAAUACGUGCUGCUUCAGCUGCUGAAAUGAAACGGCUUGCACAAGCACAAAGCACAUUGCCAAAUGGAGAUGUGAAGGUCAAACCUGAGUUUUAAGUGUGAUUUAUUUUGUAUCAGGUUCUUAGAAUGGCUUACCAUAUUUAUAGUCUGAAGUAUAUUGAAACCUAAUGACUUUGAUCACGUAUUCAUAGUUUUGGUGUUUAAUGUGUAUGCACAGCUUCUGUAUUAUGGAAAUUGUCAAUUUACUGGGACUUACUGUGCCCUCGAAAUUGUAUUAUUGGCUUUUGUCUAGUUUUUAGGUUUAUAUAGCUUGUUUGCAUCUUAA